GCACAGGGAAGAAGGAAACAACUCAUGAAAACACAACUGACUGUACGACACUGAAUUAACGACAGGUCUCAAUGAACUGGGCCAUUUUUCUAAUUGUGCAAGUCAUAUUUCAGCCAUGUCUCUCAGACUUGUUCACUGUUGAGGCAGAGCAAAAUAUGUACGAGUCAGUGUUCGGAGGAGACGUUGUGAUGGGCUGCAGCUUUCGGCCUAAAACAUCCGGGCGUUCGGGUGACCUGCAGGUGACCUGGCACUGGAUUGGACCGGGCUUUAAUCGGGAAGUGUACAUUUGGAAGAAUGGCAAGGGGCACUCGGCAUCUCAGGAGUACCAGGACAGAGCGACACUCCUCACCGAGCAGCUGAGUGAAGGCUGGGCAAAGCUACAGCUCUCCAAGCUCAAAAUCAGAGACUCCGGGAAGUAUCAGUGUUUGGUGCGAACAGCGGAGGGAGCCGACUAUAAAACCAUAAUUCUUUCUGUUGUAGCACCGUAUCAAGCAGUGACUAAACACAUUGAGAAGGCAGCAGAGGGCGAUGACCUGCUGCUGACCUGCCAGUCUGAAGGAUAUCCUCAGUCGACUGUGGUGUGGAAGGACGGACGCCAGCGCACACUUGUGCCCAACACCACCGCUGCAUCGACAUCGGACCAACUCUUUAAAGUCACCAGCCAGAUACGCGUCAGCUCAUCAGACAAAAACAACUACACAUGUGUCUUCACAAAAGAUGGCCACUCUGCAACAUUUCACCUUCCAGAUGAAAUACCAAUUCAACAUGUAAGAAACGACACUGUCCCUGUUAUACUGCUCGUCGGAGUCGUACUGGUUGCCAUCGCUGUCAUGGUGGCUGUGUGUCAACGGCAGCGAAAAGGAUCCAACGCUUCCAGUACCAGGAACCUUGUAGUUGAUGCCAGAGGCAGAUGGUUUCCUGCUUCUACCUGUCUACAAAUAAAUACAGAAGAUGAGGAAGAGAGAACGAUUUUUAAUGAAAAUUGUAUGGAGGAAAAUCUGGGGGUGUUUCUGAAAGCCCGCUACUCUGAGGUGAAGCACCAGUGGCCCACAUUCAAUCUGGAGGAGCUGCCUCACACGCUCCAAAACAAUGAAGGCCAGUCUGUGAAUCUUCAAGCUUUACUACCAGAAGCUGGAGAGGUACGUUUUCUUGAGGGACCCCCAGGAAGUGGGAAGACAACUGUAGCCUACAUCCUGGUCUCCUCUUGGACUGAAGGAGCCACGGACAUCCUCGAUCUCAGCAGCCUUCGACUUCUCAUAUAUGUGGACUGCAGCGCAGUGAAGGGCGACUUGUUUCGGGAAAUAAUGACUCAAGUGUCUCUCGAGAAACAGACAGAGGAUGAACUGAGGAUGACGUUGACCAAGUCCAAGGAGGCGCUGCUGUUGUUGGAUGGCUACAAGGAAGGGAACCAAAUGUUUGACGAGUCCCUGAAGAGGUUUCUGAGUGAAAGAGGGGGAUGCAGGGUGUUGAUCACGGCCUUCCCGGGUUCUUGCCCUGCUCUCAGGGAGGCGUUCAGGACUGGAGUGGUUCUGAAACUACAAACACGGACUGUAAAUUACAAACGUUAGUGACCGGCAAACUUUUGAGGCACUUGUUACAUAUUUUAAAACCAUGUGUGAUGUUUUAUUUGUGAAUGUUGUUUUUUCAUAAUAAGCCCAAUAUGCUGCAGAAUGUACAAAUGUCAAAGUGAAGAGAUUCAAUAAAUGUUUGUUUAGCA